GCGUCAGCGGCCGCGGCCGGGGACGGUGUGAGAGCGGUAAGAUGGCGGCGGCGGCGGUGGUGGAGUUCCAGAGAGCCCAGUCUCUACUCAGCACCGACCGGGAGGCCUCCAUCGACAUCCUCCACUCCAUCGUAAAGCGUGACAUUCAGGAAAAUGAUGAGGAGGCAGUGCAGGUCAAAGAGCAGAGCAUCCUGGAGCUGGGGUCCCUCUUGGCGAAGACUGGACAAGCUGCAGAGCUUGGAGGACUCCUGAAGUAUGUUCGACCCUUCUUGAAUUCCAUUAGCAAGGCUAAAGCAGCUCGUCUGGUCCGAUCUCUUCUUGAUCUGUUUCUUGAUAUGGAAGCAGCUACAGGGCAGGAGGUCGAACUUUGUUUAGAGUGCAUUGAAUGGGCCAAAUCAGAGAAAAGAACUUUCUUACGCCAAGCUUUGGAGGCAAGACUAGUGUCUUUGUACUUUGAUACCAAGAGGUACCAGGAAGCAUUGCAUUUGGGUUCUCAACUGCUGCGGGAAUUAAAAAAGAUGGAUGAUAAAGCCCUUUUGGUGGAAGUACAACUUCUAGAAAGCAAAACAUACCACGCCCUGAGCAAUCUGCCGAAAGCCCGAGCUGCCUUAACCUCUGCUCGAACCACAGCAAAUGCCAUCUAUUGCCCUCCUAAACUGCAGGCCACCUUGGACAUGCAGUCAGGUAUUAUCCAUGCAGCAGAGGAGAAGGACUGGAAAACUGCAUACUCGUACUUCUAUGAGGCAUUUGAGGGCUAUGACUCCAUCGAUAGCCCCAAGGCCAUCACAUCUCUGAAGUACAUGUUGCUGUGCAAAAUCAUGCUCAACACCCCAGAAGAUGUCCAGGCUUUGGUGAGCGGGAAGCUUGCACUUCGGUAUGCAGGGAGGCAGACAGAAGCAUUAAAAUGCGUGGCUCAGGCUAGCAAGAACAGAUCACUGGCAGAUUUUGAAAAGGCCCUGACAGAUUACCGGGCAGAGCUCCGUGAUGACCCAAUCAUCAGCACACACCUGGCCAAGUUGUAUGAUAACUUACUGGAACAGAAUCUGAUCCGGGUCAUUGAGCCUUUCUCACGAGUACAGAUUGAACACAUAUCUAGCCUCAUCAAACUCUCCAAGGCCGAUGUGGAAAGGAAAUUAUCACAGAUGAUUCUUGACAAGAAGUUUCAUGGGAUUUUGGACCAGGGGGAGGGUGUCCUGAUUAUUUUCGAUGAACCCCCAGUAGAUAAAACUUACGAAGCUGCUCUGGAAACAAUUCAGAACAUGAGUAAAGUAGUGGAUUCCCUCUACAACAAAGCCAAGAAACUGACAUAGAGUUGGAUCUGUAGCGGUCCUUUGGCGCGUGUGUGUGGCGGGAGAGUGGAACCUUGGGGGAAAUGCUAGGAGAUUCUUUUUUCUUUGUGUUCUACUUUUCGCUCGGAAAGUUUUUAAAUCCUCAUUUGGUGCAUCUGUAUUCCAGCCGAUAGGUGUGCCAGUUUUCAUGUAAUCUUUACUGGCCCAACUUGGGAGUGGGGAAAUUGCUUAAAAAAAAAAGAAAAGGAAAAAAAAAAAAGAUUAUUCUAAAUAAAAGGAAAAAGGCUUACACUACCUAAAGCUGUGCUCUCUGCCUCUUGGGAGAGGGCUGCAAAGCCAGGCACCCCGCCCACCACUGCGGGGCCUAGUCCACCCUCUGGGUGUCACCUCUCCUCUUCAGAAUUGGGUGUUUGCUGACCAUCGAAAGCAACGACUUUGUAUUCUGUUUGUACUGAACCAAAACAAACAACUGUGUAUAGACUGCUAUUUUCUUUUUUAUUUGAAAUGAGGCGUUCCGUGUUCUUCCUCCCGCACCCGUGCCACAUGGCCUGUCCGCCCUCCCCUCCCCCAACAUUGGCUCCAGCAGGUGAGCCGAAGUCCCGCCACCACCACCACCGCAGCAGCAGCAGCAGCAGCACCUGCACGGCUCCGCGCUGACCUGUGAAGGAUGGGGCCAAGGCCUGGAGCUGGUGUCCGCCCCGGCCACGCAGGGAGCAGUGUGGGCCCUCAGCCCCGGGCCUGCUGUGCAUGUGGCGCUUUUUUAACAGCGUAAACUAGAAGAGACGUCAGUGUUUUAAUUGCCCCCUCCUCUCCUCUUCUGCUCUGUCUCCCUUCUCUCUUCUCAGCCAGGAGACCAUCACACGUCUCCUCUUCUCCCCUGCAGAGGAGCUGGGCUGUCUGAAAUCCAUCAGCUCUCCCACUCCUCCUUUCCUGCUGGCAGAUGAAUUUCUUCCUUUUUUAAACAGUGAACAUCGGAAAUGAGACUGUGGGGUGUGGUUUUUCUCUCUUUUUUGUUUUCUAAAAAUGUUCCUUGUUGGGUUUUUGAGCAAGCUCAUGUCCCCUUCCGAGGGAGCUUCUUUAUUUACCUCUUAGAUCGAAGGGCCGGGAGGUAGAGCACUGUAUUUCAGCAUGCUUUGUUUUCCGCUGCGAUUACAUAACAAGGCUUUAAUGCCACCGGGCAGGUAAGCUUCUGCACCUCUGUUGUGCUUAACGACAUUUUGUCUUCUCUGUCUGUCCUCUUUCCCUUUCUCUUUCCUUCCUCCUGCCUUUUCCCUGCUGGUCUCCUUUUCUCUUUCUUUACCUUUCUCAGAGUAUCCUUCCAGAUUUUCGUAAUAAAUUUAUAUUUUGUAAAAGGAUUUUGUUGUACCAGAUUUUACAUCUUCACUGAAUCAGACUGGCUUUUAUUUUCCUCUCCAAAAUCAGGUUUUGUUCUCAACAUCUUUCCUCCCCGUCAUGUCCAGUCACUGUUUUGGUUUUGGCACCAUCAAUAUCAAAUGUACAAACGGUUCUUGCUAACCAACACCAGGUAUAUCUGAUGUUCAGAUGAGUUCCAAUAAAAAUAAUUUUUUUUUCAAAAGGUGUCCUUUCUUGCGUGCUGUAGGGCUUUGAGCAAGUCCAAACAGCUCUGGACAGCCUGCGACGCCUAGCCUUCCAUCCCCGCCAGCGCUCUGUUACUGCACUCGCUCACGGGCAGCCCCGUCAAGUUUGGAGUCCAAAUUUGGAGGGUUUGGGGCAAGAACAUUGGUUUGUGAAGUCUGAACUUGGAAGUGGAGCUCUGUUUUCCCAAGGCGGCAUGGUGCGGAGACGAUGAGUGGGCUUGGGCAGCAAGACCCUCCGCCCAUUUGCUUUGUGCUGGGAGGAUGUUUCCUUGGAGGUGAUUCUGAUGUGAGGGUCCCAGGAAGGGUAGGGAAGUGCUGGGAGGGUCCUGACAACCAAGUGGGGUUCAGUGUCCUUUUGGGCUCUUCAGAAGCAGCAGUUUUUGUACUUCCUCAGGCUCUGGGAGUAGUUCUGAGGGACUGUGGGGGCUCUGGGGGCCCUGCAGUUUGAGUAGUUCUGCUAUUCUGGUCUAAUACCGUGGUCUGUAUGUAAUUUUACUUGCAGAGAGUUUUGCUUCUAUAAAGGACUUUAAAAUUUAAACACUCCAGAGAGAUCUAGACCUGGAGCAGCGGGGAGAGGGUCUCCCUGCCCAGGGCAGCCCCGCAGGACUCAGGAUAGCACUGCGUUUCUCUUCUCCUUCUCGGGCCUCAGUCUGACGCUGUCCGGUACACAGGUAGCCUGGAGCCACGUGCGGCUGUCGGGCCGUUGCAGUGGGGCUAGUUUGAACUGUGACGUGCUGCAAGUGUAGAAACAAGCCAAACUUCAAAGACCAAGUAUGAAAAACGAAUGUUAACUAUCUCACUAACUUUUUUAUAUGUGUGUGGAAAUAUUUUGGGUAUUCUGGGUUAAAUAAAAUAAAUUAUUAAAAUCCA